AUGAACGGUUAUCCGUACGGAUAUGAUGUAGGGGGAACCCCCAGCUCCCGUGGACCCCACCCCCCACGUACGGCCUCACGAAGCCGUAAGAGAGUCGCUUCAGCUCAGUUAUCUCAGAUGAGUUUGAGGUCCCGACAUACCUUAAUGGAAGGGCCACCAGCGAAACAAUCCGAUAUUUGCCAGCGUGGUCACUACUCUGACAUCAUCAAUCCUGGUGCUGAUGAAAACUUAGGGAAUCUACUUAAUGGACCAGAAGUUCAACAGGAUUUGCUUUACAAAAGUUUGAAGAAGGAACAUCUUCCUUCAGUAACCACCUUUAACACACCGGAUGAAACAACUUACAACUCACUUGUUCAACGACAGCAGUUUGGACCAACCACUGAGUUGACAACCAAGACUGACUUCCCAACCCAAGCUUGGCAACCAAAAGUUCAAACUCCAUUCUACGUUCCUCCUGGUGACCCACCACGAAAGAUUGAGAUUGAAAGGGGUAAGCGAAUCUACAGCAAGCAACGUCUCUCCCAUCUCUUAACCAUGGAAGGGAUAGACAGCAACAAACUGAUGCCUAAGCAUUACCCCGACUCACAUAAGGUACAACUCAACAAAUCCCCGGACCCAGCUCCCUUUCCUGCGUUUCUACCGCUUGAGAUAUUCGAUAACACUGAAUACGAUUGUCGCACCCCAGAUGAAUGGUUGGGGUUGGGUGUGGAGGACGGGGUUAGGAAACCUGUGCCUGCUAAAGCAUUGUUACCAACAGAGGAUAAAUUGGAUAAAG